AUGAUUGCCACCUCUUCCCUCAGCGCAGAAAGACCCGGCUCUGCUUCUCUCCCCCUCGUCGCUCACGAUGCCACCGACCGUCCAGCCUCGAGGGCACUGACCGCGGUUUCCGAGGCCAAAGAACUUCCUGUGACCUACUCCACCGAUGCCCUCCUACGCGAACCCCUCGAAGAAAAUGAACUACGGCAAGUCAACGGUGGUCGCCGUGCGGAACAAGAGCUGCCUCGGCUACAAGCGAAUGCGCAGAUAGAGCAGGGCGACAGCUUGGAGCCCAUCCUCGAAGACGAUCCCGCGUCCUUCAACCUCAUUGCUCCUCCUCCGCCGGACCAAGGCGAUGUCUUCUCGUUGGAGACUCAGACACAGGCACUGUUCUCGAGGGGUCACCUGCAGGUCAUCUUUGCCGACCCCAGCUACUUGUUCAAGUUCACAUCUUUCCUGGGAAUGUACAGACCUCAGUCGGUGCCUAUGCUCGUGCACUAUCUUGAUUCCCUGAAAUCACUGCGCGCCAUCAACUAUGCCAAUGCCAUCUGUGAAGGCCUGGACCCCAUAGAAGGAUAUGAGUUUACGCAGAGGCCGGUCAAGCCGACCAUAAACACGGCAUUGGAAGAGAGAGCGCACAAAGCCUUUGAGAUUUUGGCCAUGGAGGAGCUGCCUGCGUUCAUCACACAUCAGUACAUCCAAGUCGUGAGCAACAGCAUUACCGCCAGAAUAACCGGGUCGCUCUCGCCGCAACUCCGGGAAGCCUCGGACGGUUUGGCAGAGGUGUUUUGUUUGACGGAUCCCUCGAGGCAUGACAACCCCAUUGUCUUCGCUUCGGAAGAAUUCAAUCGGACCACUCAAUACGGCAUGUCAUAUGUUCUGGGUCGGAAUUGCAGGUUUCUGCAAGGGCCUAUGACAAACCCGCACAGCCUACGCAGGAUCCGAGAAGCCCUCAAAGCAGGCCGACAGCAUCAAGAAGUCCUUCUCAACUACCGGCGAGACGGAUCUCCCUUUGUGAAUUUGUUUAUGAUGGCUCCGCUGUCUGACAGCCGAGGCGUCGUCCGGUACCACAUUGGGGCGCAGGUCGAUGUGAGUGGCCUUGUCAAAGACUGCUCCGAGAUGGAAUCCCUCCGAAAGUUGUUGGAUCUGCGUGCUCGGGGCGAGGAUCCACCACAGCCCGAGAAGCCCAACCCCGAGAAAAACGACGAGCUGCGAGAAUUGAGCGAGAUGCUCAACCAGGGCGAGUUGAAUACCAUCAAGCGCCAUGGCGGGAAGAUGCACCGUGAAAUCGUCGAGGACGAUAUCGAGAGUGUCUCAUCACACCAUCAGCCUCGACUGCUGCUCAAGGAUCCGGACACCAUGGUGCCAUCGAUUGCGAGCAUCAAUGGGAGAUUGAGUGGCAUAUAUCAACACUAUCUCCUCGUGCGACCAUAUCCUUCUUUGCGCAUUCUUUUUGCGAGCCCGUCACAGCGAUUACCUGGCAUCUUACAAUCACCCUUUUUGAACAAGAUCGGCGGUUCCAACCGAGUGCGUGAGGAGUUGACUACGGCGUUCGCUGAGGGACGAGGCGUGACUGCCAAAGUUCGCUGGGUUACCAAAGGCGACGACCAGGGCAAGAACAAGUGGAUUCAUUGCACCCCACUCCUGGGCCAGUCAGGACAUAUUGGCGUGUGGAUGGUGGUGGUGGUCGAUGACGAGAAGAACCACGAACGAUGGCCUCCUGCAUCGGGACGACUUCCCCCUCAAGUGGCCAGCCCAGAGAGGAGCUGGACUCCGGCUCCCAGCAGCGGAUACCAGAUGGUCGGAUCGAGCCACAACGGUGUUGGCGACGUCAACGGGGGCCACUCGGAUCGCAAUGGUGGAGGCAGCCUAGGCAGCGCCAAUGGCAGCGCCACCAGUCUGAGAAUUGGAUGA